AUGCCGGUGACGGUAUGUGAUGCAGAUCCAUCGGUCCUAUCAGAUUACGUUACUGCACUCUUGAGGCACGAUCAACCUAUCAGUCAACUUAAAUCAUCUUGCUUGAAACAGCUUGAAGAUUUCUUGCAUCAAGUUGACCUUUUUGAACAUCUUCAGGCUUUCGAUGUCAAUGGAAAAUACACACCACCAGAUCUGACCAAGCUUUCUUCUGGAUUACUCGGAAAAAGAUCAUACUCAAUGGAAAACCUAUCACCUGUCGAAAAUCACUCUGACGAUAAUAAUCAAGACCAAGCUAAUACAUCACUUCCAAUUCCUCAAUACACACCUACCCAGAGUCAUCCUAGUUUUUUACUCUACCCUAAUGACAAUUCUCAACCAUCACCACCAUCGCUACCACCCUUUAACGCCUCUAAUCAUAGUACUCAAACUCGCUUUGGAUCAAGUCCACCCAAAAAUAUAAGAAGUGUAAAACGAGCUCGAAAAACUGAGAUUUGUCGUGAUUACCAUUACCGAGGUUUUUGCGCCAGAGGAGAAGGUUGUCAAUUCUCACAUGACGAAAGAGAGGCCAAUCCUUCUCCCGUGUCUCAGCUACCUGCACCUGUAUUCCCUAAUCAAACUCGAGGCGAAACUGAAGCCUCUGCUUCCUCACAAGGCUCUUCACGCUCGAACAUCAUACCUCCUCUGACAACUCAACCGUUCAUCCCAGGCUUACCAACCUCUCUUCCAUUCACUAGUGAUGUGGUCACUACGCUCUUCCCUGUAAACUCCCUCACAACUAAUAACGCUCCAAAUCAGUACUCAGCACAACCCUAUCGGUCUGAUAAUUUCAACCAAAAUCCUCUAAGACCCAACAAAUCUAAAACAACUCUAGUCGUCGAAAAUAUCCCACAAAGUUCUCUUUCAGAUCGAUAUGUUCGAGAUUACUUUUCUACGUUUGGAUCGCUUGUCAGUGUGAGCGUUGAUGUCUACAAUGCUCAGGCUCUAGUCACAUUUCAAUCUGCCGAAGAUGCUGCAAAGGCAUAUGCGUCGCCUGAGCCGGUUUUCAACAAUCGGUUCGUGAAGAUUCAUUUUAGAAGGUUUAAUUCUAGCGAUCACUUUAGAAGAGAUCAAGGUAGCAACUCAGAUCAAUCACCUCGUCAAAAUGUCAAUAUGAUUCCUUUACCACAAACUAUCACACCUGGAAAUUAUUCUCGACCGACUUCCUUAUUGAAUCCUAAUCCUAAUAAAUACCAUCAGACUUCAUCAUAUCGUCAAAAUCAUUCUACUGAACCUAGUUUAUAUCAGAAAGAACAAGAACUCAGAGAGAAGAUAGAAGAGCAAAAAAAGUUAAUGGAGCAAUUGAGUUUAAAACAAGCGUUAAAGCGGGUGACGAGUGCUGUACCUGCUACUACCUCUGGAACACAAUCACAACCAGAAACCAAAGAAACCACUCCUCAAUACUCAGAACCGAAUGGGGGUACUAAUCCUGUAUCGGAAGCUGGUAGUCAGACAAAUAGAACCAAGUCUUCUGCUGGUCUGGAUACUGAUCUGGAAGAUCGGGUGAAUGGACGUGGAUCGUCAGAGAAUCCAGAAAGAGGUUCUGUGCCUCCUUUAAAUGAUCUAAGUGGGACUAGCGCUCCUAAUCGAGGGGGGAUAGUCCGAGGAAGAGGAGGAUUAUCCUCAACACGUGGUGGAUUUUCUGGAAGAGGAGCAUGGUCUAAUUUAAAUAAGGCUUUCAGACUUGAUAAUCGGACUUGUACUUUGUCUGUACGUGAUGUACCUAAUUUUGAAGCUCAGGAAAAGAUUCGUAAACAUCUUGAGCAAUUUGGAACGAUUGUAGCAGUUGCGAAGAUGGAAGAGAAUGAAGAAGAAGGGAAAGAUGACUUUACCAUCAAGUUUUCAACUAGAGCAUCAGCUGAAAAGGCAUUGGCACAUGGAAAAGAUGUACCAGAAGUAGGCAAGAUUAAGAUGAAUUGGAUUAAUCAACCUAUGAAUCAAAGUAAUCAAGAGAAUGGAUUCAUUCCUGGUCUUACUACUCAUUGGAGUAAGAAUGGAAAUGGAAAUGGGAAUGGACAUCAUGAUCCUUUUGUAGGAGGUGAUGAUGAGAAUGGAGAUGGAGAUGGGGAUGGGGAUGAAGACGGGGAUGGAUGGAAACGCUAAGAUUGGUGUUUUGAGAUGAUCUGCUUUUUGUUACUCUUUAGAGGUUUAGAAUUGGGUGAUUGGUUUUUUGGUAGUUUUUAGUAUUAAGAUGCAUGUUGAAAAGGAUAGAAAAGAUAAUACAUGUGUUUUUUUCAUGAAAAUGCAUUGGAAUCAUUUUGUCACGGUGAGGAUUAACCUGAUC